UAAGAAAUAAUUUUUGGAAAUGCGGACUCUAAAAUGGUAGAAAACAUUUUUUUUUUUAAAGAUACCCAUAUUCCACGAGCUGUUAAAGUUAGAAACACGAAAAUUGGCAUAUGAACUCUUUAUAAGUAAUGAGUUGAAAAUAAUUCGAUAUAUAAUUGAUAUAAGGUUUUAACAUACAGUACACUACAUAGUAUUAAGUUUUACAUUCAAUCUCAUCAAACGAAAAUAUGGCAUAUAACAACCGUGAUUGCAUCGUAUGGAUAGACACAGAAUUAACUGGACUUAAUAUAGAAAAGGAUACAAUUUUGGAAGUUGCUUGUUUGAUAACUGACAAAGAUUUGAACAUUAUAAGUGAUGAAUUUAAUGUUGUAAUUAAUCAACCAGAUGUAGUGUUAGAAAAUAUGAAUGAAUGGUGCACUAAAUGGCAUACAAAGACUGGCCUGGUAGCAAAAUCUAAAUGUAGCAAAUUUAGUUUAAAGGAUGCAGAGCAAAUGUUACUUAAUUUGUUAAAAAAAUACAUUCCAAGUAAAAGUUGUCCUCUAGCUGGUAAUACAGUUUACAUGGAUCGUUUAUUCUUACUAAAAUUUAUGCCAUUAGUCAAUGAUUAUUUACAUUAUAGAAUUAUUGAUUGCAGUGUGAUUAAAGAACUAGUCAGGAGAUGGAAUCCAACAAUUUAUAAAAAUAUGCCAAAAAAGGAACUUCGUCACAGAGCUUUAUCUGAUAUCAAAGAAAGUAUAAAUGAACUAAAAUAUUAUAAAAAGAAUAUAUUUACAGCUUUUAUGGCAUAGCACCCAGGUUCAUAUUCUAUGGGUUACAAUCCCUCAAAUGCCUUUGCUUUCUUAAAGAUUGACAUGGUUAUCUUUACAAAUAGCCAUGUUUUAUUACAAAUGUUUUUAUAUAAACCUCUUAUAUGAAGAGGGGAAAUGAAAAGGGAAGUUAUUGGAAAAAGUUUGGGAAGGAGGCACUAGUAUAGCAAAAUAUCUUAAUUUAUGAAAUAUUACAUUUACAGUAGUAUAUGAAAAUAAUUCACGAACAGUUCUGAUCCAUGUAGAUGCAACCGAAAGAAAUAUGAAUAAGUAAAACAUUAAGCACGUUUAUCAGUAAUACAAUUUUAGGAUUAUGCUUGUAUAUUCUAUGUAAUUCAAUCAAACUAUUAAGGAAAUAUUCUAAUCUAUAAUUUUAAAAAGAAUCAAUUUCUUUUAUAGAAAGAUUUUGUCAAAUUCGUAAAAUUAAUAGACUUACAUUUUUCUACUGUGAUAGAUGUUUGAACUUCAAUUUGCAAUUCAUAAUUAUACGUAAUCCACGAUUUGUUAGUACUGUGAAAAUAGGAAGCACCUUGAACAUGAUUUUUUAAAAAGUUAUCAGAAACUACAGUAUUUCAAAGGCCACGUACAACGAUGAACAUUUUUUUUACAAGAUUUCAAGAUCAUCAUCUUUUUUAAGUAGAACUAUAUGUUCAUUUUCUGUAUCUUUGUAGAGCGCGAAAAAACAAAUUUAAAGCGUGUUCUUGGACUGCUCAAGAGUUAAAGUAAAGCUUCAACUCUCAUAAAUCUACUCUGCAUAUUAUUCUGAUUUUCUACGUAAUUCUAUUUAUUAUAUGCAAUUAAUACAAUACCCCUUUCUGAUUACGUAUUUGAAGGGAUUCGAAGUAUUUCAGAGCGUAUCAGUAACUGUACAUUUAUCUAUAGUCCGUCCAACGAAACAAAAUUUGGUUGCCGCGCUUGCAAUUAUUGGCUGUCGGCUAGUGAUACUCGAAUUUCACUUCUUCACUGCCUCGCCUCUAUAAUAUAUGUAAAAACUUUAUUAUUGAUUUUGAAAGUUACAUAAAAAGAUUUAUAGAUAUUUGAUUUUUUUGUAAUCAUCACAAAAUAGAUUAAUAUAACUAU